UCGUCGUGACAUUUCUGAAUUCCUAAAAUCCCGUGGGAAGUUAAUGGAGCAUUAUUCCGAUGAACCGAUCAGGAAUUUACUAACAAGAAUUUGUUUUGCAACUUAUGAGCAAAUGGAAUUGUAUAAACAGUUCCUUGAAGUUGUUGGUAUCGACUCGACGUAUAAUACAAAUAAGGGGAAGUAUUCUUUGUUCCAAUUACUUGUGACGGAUAAUUUCGGUCGCGGACGACCAGUUUUAUUUGUGUGGACUAGAAAAGAAUUCAAACGUGAUGUAGUUUGGAUAUUAGACUGUUUUCAUCAAAUAAUGGAAGAUACCUCCAAAACAGAAACUUUCAUUAUGGAUUGUGCACAAGCUGAAAUAGCAGCCGUCAAGUUAACACACAGAGAAGCGCACAUUGUUUUGUGUUCUUUCCAUGUUUGCCUAGCAUUCUGUCGUAAAACAAGAAAUCCCAUUGUGAAGAACUACUUAUGCCGUCUAGUGCAGUGUAAAAGGAGAUCAGAAGUUAUUGGCAGAUCGGAUGCUAGUGUCAGUCAAUAUCUACAACGUCGUUGGAUGCAUCGACGAUAUUUGUGGGCAGCAUGUUUCAGAGACAACGUGCUGACUUUUGGGAAUGAUACAAAUAAUCGCGUCGAGAGUUCCCACAAGCAAAUGAAACGGUACUUGCAAAGAUCAGAUAGUUUGCAUAAAAGUAUGCUGAAGGUGUGUAAAUGGUAUCAACAAAGUUUUUCAAGAAUACAGCAGGAGGCGAUUAUCGCCCAGUCGCGAUGCUUCACCUAUCCCUGUUCACAACGUCUAAUCCCAAUUAUACGAUUGCUGAUGCCAUACGCCGCGAGGAAGGUUAUCCGUGAAUACGAAAGACGACGAUGGGCUGUUGUUGAGGUUGAAUCCUUCGAUUAUAUAUUCUUCCAAGACAAUGGGAAUAGAGUGGAGGUUGAUCUGAGUGCUUGCACCUGCACGUGUGUUACAUUUCAGACUUGUUGGUACCCCUGCCGACACUUGCUGUUGGUCCAUUUCAGAAAGCCACAUUUUACAG